AUGGCCGACGCACCCAGUGGCUGGUUAGAUAUCCAUGGCCACUUUUCCCUUCCACGGGCUGCGUCAGAAGAUGCUGGUGUAGUAAAAGCCUUUCGUGAUAUCCACUUCAUGCUCUCAGAAGCACCCCGGUUCAAUGCAGAGGACACCUUGGCCUAUAAUGAUCGCGCCGGUGUCUCCAUGCAAAUGCUGUCAAGUCUCCCACCAACGACAGAUCAACUGAGAAAGUCAAACGACUUUGGAUUAUCUAUAGUCCGUCAAUACCCGUCACGAUUCGGCUUACUUGCCGCGUUGCCAACGGAUGAGCCAGAAGAAACCUUGAAAGAAAUCGAGAGAAUGCGAAAUCAAGACACACACGACUCGAUUCAGCCAGAUGGUUUUGCUGUGACUACGCUUCGGAAUGGUGUUAGCCUGGGAGAUGCACAGUUACGCCCUGUGUGGGAAGAGCUAAACAACAGAAAAGAAGUUGUCUUUGUCCACCCGAAUGCAUACGUCCGGGGCCAAGACGGCCGACCAUCUGCUCUCAUUGAUGUUGCGUUUGAUACCGCUCGAACCAUCACCGAUAUGCUAUACAAACGUGUCUUUCUCGACUUUCCUAAAAUCACCUGGGUGUUUGCCCACAGUGGAGGCGCCUUUCCAGCCCUGUCUGGGCGCGUACUGUUACUUGGGCUAGAGCCGUGGGUUCCUAAUCAAGCUCGUAUCACCAAGGAGGAGAUGAAGAAGCAAAUGAGUCGCAUCUAUAUGGACACUGCUGCCACUGCCGCGACAGGUAUGGAACCUGCCGUGAAGAUGGCUGGUAUUGAACAUAUCGUCUAUGGGGCUGAUUGCGGAGUCCCUUGCUCAACUGAACUCACGAUGGAGGAAAAUCGAGAAUCUGUCAUGGCUAUUGCCCAGAAGAAUACAGGGGACGGCAACUUUGUCGGCAUGAAUGGAUUUGAUCUGUUUCCAAAUGCCAAAGUAAGAGCUGCAUCAAGUUAA